AUGAUUCUCAUCCUGUUUGCUGCACUCGCUUUGGGUGUCUGCGGUGAUGGCUCACGGUUGGGUACGACUGCAGCAUUGCAUGACGGCUGUCGUGAUGCCUCCAUGUCGCUGGUGCAGUCACAGGCUUCCCGCCGAGGCACAGUGGCCGCUUUCCUACAAUUAGGCCCAAAGCCGUGGGAGGAGCGGUACUAUUACGUGGGUGCGCACCACAAAUCUGGCACCGAGCUGUUGCGUGCUGUGAUGAGACAUGCCUUUGACACGCUGCAUGCCCCGUCCUCCUGCCACUACUGGAAACCUGGUGUGAAGCCGACGCCAGCCCAUUUCAUCACCUCCACGGAUCAUGACGCCUACUGUUUCGACCGGCUGGACAUUCCCAUACAAUUUGACCCUUCCGCCAACUUGCAGAGAUUUGCUGCGGCCAAGGGCGCGGCGGUCCUCCGGGAGCUACCCAUCCGGGGAGUCCAUGCAGUGCGCAAGCCCAAGGACAUGCUCAUCUCCGCCUACUGCUAUCAUCACCGGGGGCAGGAGUAUGGCGACGCGGUGGCGCCGUGGCCCGAGAUAAUGUCCAUGAGCCCUGUACAGGGUUUAAUGGCACUCUGGCCGGCUAUGUCUGGCAUCAUUCAGGACAUGCUGGACUUUUACACAAAUACGAGUUCCGAUGAGGUGUUCCACAUGCGCUUCGAGGAGGUCACGAGCUCAUCACAAGCCUUUGACGAGGUGGUCCAGAGACUGUUUCGCUUCCUCUUCGCGCCCGCCGUGCCAGAAUCCGACCUGUCUCGAAUGUGGCAGGCCGCCAAGGUCGAGGACUUGAACAGCAACCCCACUUAUGCCAAUGCCAUUGCAAGCAGCGACCAUUCCAAUAAAGAUGACUGCAUGCAGGCCGCGCAGGAAUCGUUGCUGCAGCUAGAUCCGCGAGUGGUGCAAAUCUUGAAGGACACGCAAGAGCAGCUUGGGUAUUCGAUUGAGAACUGGCCGGACGCUUUGCGCAGCUAA